ACGCGCAUCUCUAAUACAAAACAAAAAAGAACGAUGUCGCUGGGCAAGAAGCACGUGUUGGGGUUUUCGCCCAAUGGUGGCCAACUAUUUGCCUCGGUGGACGAGCAGGGCAUCCUGCGAAUAUGGGACACGGAGACGAGCACGCUUAAGCAGGAGUUCACGCCUAAUUUACAGGUAUCCGGGCCGUGUACAGCGCUCGCGUGGGUCUCUGUGGCCGGUCCACGCUCCAAGAAGUCACGGAAGAGUGUGCAGAGCCAGGAUGCAGCCAACGAUCAGCUCCACAUUGCUCUGGGAACGCUGAAGGGGGCCUUAGUCAUAUACUCGCUGGCAGAGGCAAAGAUUACACGCACACUAAGUGGUGACAGUCAUGAUGGACCGAUCACCUCGAUUGCUUACGAUAAUGCCGACCACCUAUACACGGUGGGCGCAGAUUGCCGGGCGCUCGUUUGGUCGCUGACAGAGGAGCGCUGCAUCGGCGACUGGCAGGUGGGACCGGAGAAGCCACAAAACAUUGCCUAUUUGCCCAAGAGCCACACUCUGGCAGUGGGCUCCCGCCAGCUAAAGGUGUACGAUGUUAAGACAAAGGAACUGGUGGAGACGUUCACCGGCCAUUCAGGCGAAAUAAACGCCAUUACCGCUGUAGUGUGCGCGGACAAUACGGAAUUUGUGCUGACCACGGCUAAGAUGGAGCGCGUUAUCUGCUUCUGGAAGAUCGAAAAUAAGGGUAAGAACAAGGCCUCUGUGUGCACUCUGCUCAUGGAGGAUUUGGCUUACAGCCUGGCCAGUGAAAUACGUGAUGAUGGCCAGCUUCGUGUUGCCAGUGUAACGCGAAAUGGAAAUAUUCACAUAUACCUGCUGAAUGUCAAAAGUUUAUCCGCCGAGAAGUUUGUGAAGCCCAAAGUAUCGCUGCAAAUCGUGUCGGAUGGCGCCGAGACAGUGGAACCUAUCAUGGCUGUGGCGGCCCAUCUCGUCACCGACUCAAAUCGUUCCCACGAAAUCCUUUUUGGCUACGGAAGUCGCCAGCAACUGCAGUUCGAACACUUUACCCCCAACUAUGCCGAGAAACUAAACGUUAUCGAGCGCGCCGAUCCAAAGAAACUGUAUGCCAAGAAGAAGGGCAAGGAGCAGCUGGGUUUCAACGCCGCCACCAAGGUCCUGAAGCCGGUGGUGAGCACAAAGAACGUUGAAUACAACAGCGCGCUGCCCGUCUCCCAGAAAAAGGUGCAGAAUGAGGUGCCUAUGGAGGCUCGCUUGCAACACUUGCAGAUGCAUGCCACCAAGCUGAGUGGCGGUAAGCUGCAGACCCAAAGCAAGACUCAGCUGCUUAUGCAGGCCUUGCACAGCAAAGAUAAGGAAAUGAUUAAUUCGGUCCUGAGCACGCACGAUACAGAAACGAUACAGCUAACUCUAGAUCGACUGCCUCUCGAAUACAUCAGCCCGUUGAUUGACCAGCUCUCCAUUCUACUGCAGGGAAAGCACUCAAGUGUAAGGUCUGGUCUGCGUUGGCUUAACAUACUGACCUCCACCCACACCAGUAUCCUGACGUCCGAAGACCAGGAGACGCUGCGAGAGAAGCUAGAAGUAUGUUUGGGUGUGGCGGAGCAGCGAAUGCGGUGCUUGUCGGAGGCAUUACAGAUAUCGGGGCGAGUCAAUCUUAUAAUCAAUCAGAUGCGGCGCAAUGCCGACAACCAUUUGAACGACAGCAACGCCCUGAUUGUAGAGGAAGAUUCAGAAGAACCCGCCGAAGAUUUGGAGGCUGAGACCAACUGGAGCGACCUGGAGGACCAGAAAGAAGCCGGUAGCGGCAAGAGUAUAUCAGACGACGAAUUGGAGGCAGACGAUGAUCUGGCCACCGACGAUGUUAACGUAGAGACAGACUCUGACUCGGAUGUAUCAAUGGGUGGUUAGCCUGCUAAAGCACCUCUGUACGUUAUGUUUAAAUCCAAUUCCUUCUGUGCCCACAACAAAUGAAAUAGUUAUUUUCCAAACACAGUUUUCUACACCGAA